AUGUAUAAGUGUCAGGAUGAUGUUUCUUUCACCUUCUGGGGCAAGCCACAGACUCUGUUUGAGCAGACAAAGCCUGCACUUCCAGCUCUCAAGCGCCUUUUGCAUUCAAAUGAUGACGAAGUCCUCAUAGAUGCUUGCUGGGCUUUAUCAUAUCUAUCAGAUGGCACCAAUGACAAAAUCCAAGCUGUUAUUGAGGCCUGUAUCUGCCCCAGGCUAGUUGAACUUUUACUUCAUCCAUCUCCUUCAGUGCUCGUUCCUGCCCUUCGUACAGUUGGAAAUAUUGUUACUGGGGAUGAUAUGCAGACUCAGGCUCUGCCAUGCCUUUUGAACCUGUCGACAGAAAAUUACAAGAAGAGCAUCAAGAAGGAAGCUUGUUGGACUAUCUCAAACAUCACUGCUGGAAACGUAAAUCAGAUACAGUGUGAUCUCUUGAACCGUCCAGACCCAAGAAUUGUUACAGUUUGCUUGGAAGGGCUUGAGAACAUCUUGAAGGUUGGGGAGGCUGAGAAAAAUGCAGGUAAUACAGGAGAUGUGAAUGUGUUUGCCCAAGUUAUUGCUGAGGCAGAGGGUUUAGAAAAGAUUGAAAACCCUCAAAGUCAUGAUAACAAUGAGAUAUAUGAGAAGGUGGUGAAAAUUCUGGAGACAUUGGGUGGAGGAGGAUGA